AUGCCAGACAAAGACCCUCCACCCUAUAACCGUGAAGAGUUCACUUCAAACAUCCUCACCCUCUACCGCGCUCUCCCCAACAUCCCAGACUGGGCCAUCAAGCCACCUCCAAAAGAAGGCUGGCCCGACAUCACCGACUCCCAUCUCUCCUUCCUGCACAAAACCCCCCAAGUCAUCUCCCUCAUCCGCUACCUUCCCAUGAUCGACCGCCGCGCGCAAGACGACGACCCCUUCCAAAUCUACGCGCACACAUCCGCCAUCGACUUCGUAGGUGAUUGGUUCAACAAAAACGUCCUGCCGUUUAAGGCGAAGACCAAGGUCGAUCCAAUGGAGGAAGAGACCGUGCUACCCGCGCACGUCCUGUCGCUCGCACAGCCAAGUAAGGGACAUGACGGCAGCUGGAUUUUCGUGGAUACGGAAAGGGCGACGGUGUCGGUGUGUGAUCUGGAGGUUGGACCGAGGAGGGAUUGGGGGUAUGAGCGGUAUGAAAAGAAUACAAUGGAGAGUUGGAAGGAGGGCGAUUUUGAACUUGAAAUUGUCGAUCUUGAGUCAUUGGAGGAGAGGUUGGAGUGCGAUCUUGGACUUUGUCGAGGCGUGUCGUAG